CUCCGGACAUGCUCACGUGGCAGUCAUGUCAGUCUGCCCCACCCCCCACGGCCUAUGGUUAUGGCUUCAUUCCACACCUCUCUGCCCCAUUCCCCUGUCUCUAUCUCCCUCUAAACCAAUAAUUCCGGCCAGUUCUUGUCACUCUCCGGCCACCACCACCCCCUAACUUUUUCACCUUUAUAUAUACCCCACCCCCUUUUCUCUCUUUCUUCCCUUCUCUAUAAUCAUUCUUUGGGUACAAUCCCUUUCUUGUUCUUGUUCUUCUUCUUUUUCUUCAUGUUUUGGGGUUAUAGCGUACUUAGCAGCAGAAAAGAGGCCUUUUUUUGGUUCUUGGUGGUGGGAUUUCCUUUGAAUUUAAGGAUUUCUUAGUUUUUCUGAGGUGGGGUUUUGAUUUUUUUCAUCAUUUUCCUUGAAGAAAGAUGAACAGAGCAUUGCCGGAGAUGUUGCAGUGUUUGAACACUGCCGGGGACUGUCCUGAUAAUCUCAGUGUUCUUGAGAGGUAGAGGGGUCGUUUGAAAUUCCAGCAAGACCAGCUUUUGCAGCAGAGCUGUUUCAAUAGGGUUGAUUACGGCGGCGGAUUUCCGCCGCCGGGGGUUGUUCCGGCGGAUCACCUCAUGGGGUUUCCAGGGUUCAUGAGUGGUGGCGGCGGCAGCGGUGGUGGGAUGUCACUUGUUGAGAUGGUAAUGGGGGCAGUGAAGCCUGACCCUGGGUUAGGAGGCAAGUUUGAUCCCUCUCUGUUGUUGAAUGCCACGGCUUAUGAACUCAAUUCUUCUCUCUCUAGAACCUCCAGCUGCCCGCCGGCAGUGACUCCGGCUGUGUCGGCCGCCGGAAGAGAGAGCUUCAAGAAAAGGAAAGCUGAGAAAGUUCACACCACCGCCGCCGCCCCCACCAACAACAACAAGAACAAGGUGGACAAGAACAGCAAAGAGAAACGGAUCAAAACAAGUUCAGAAGAAGAAGAGUUAUCCAAAAACAACAACUCAAGCACCACAACAAACAACAACAGAGAAACAUCAGCUGAUACCUCAAAAGAAAACUCCAAAGCAUCAGAGGUUCAAAAGCCUGGUUACAUUCAUGUCAGAGCAGGCCGUGGCCAAGCCACUGAUAGCCACAGCUUAGCAGAAAGAGCUAGAAGGGAAAAAAUCAGUGAAAGAAUGAAGUACUUGCAAGAUUUAGUACCAGGAUGCAACAAAAUCACUGGAAAAGCUGGAAUGCUCGACGAGAUCAUAAACUAUGUUCAAUCUCUUCAAAGACAAGUUGAGUUCUUGUCCAUGAAAUUAUCGACUGUCAAUCCAAGGUUGGAGUUCAAUGUAGAUGAUCUCUUCACCAAAGAGGUUUUUCCCCAGGCGAUCGGCGAAAUGUCAUCGGAGAUGACAGAUCCUUCUUCCUAUUUACAAUUCAAUCCAAACAAUCAACAAGUAGUUUCGUGUUCUGGAUUAGAAAUCGGAAUCAAUACCUCUGAUAUCGCACUUCGAAGAUCAUUCCCAGAAAAUUUCGUGGAUUCAUCAUGCCUCACCCAAUUUCAAACCUCUUCGGGAUGGGACAUGGAUUUGCAGAAUCUGUACAAUGUGGGUUUCGAUCAAGGCCGAUCAUCAAACGCCUUUUCAUCUCAUCCAUAUACAGGUACCAUUGAAGGAGGCAAUAUAAAGAUGGAAAUGUGAAGUAGCUAGGUUAGACCCUAGAUCCAUCCAUCUCACAAAUUCAAUAAAAUAAUAAUAAUUUAGCCUA